CGCGCUUACAUAUAAACUUGGAUAAACGGUCAACACAUGACCAUGAUGUUUCUUUCAAGUAUCAUUAUACAUCUCAGCUUUGCGUUGUUGUGUUCUUCAAAUACUGCAACCAAAGACAAGUCUUCUCCGAUAAUUCUAGUUUCUAUAGACGGUCUUGGAUGGCAGUUCACCGGAGGCAAAUUUGCAAACACGACAAACCUUGAUUACAUCGCUUCAACAGGCGUGAAGGCAAAGUACAUGAAGACGGUUACUCCAACUAAGACUUGGCCCAAUCAUCAAACCUAUCUCACCGGGUUGUACCCAGAGAGUCAUGGAUUGGUAUCAAACAAGUUCUGGGACCCCAUCUAUGAAGAGAAAUUCAUCUUCGAUUACGACUGCACAAAUAAUGACCCCAAGUUCUGGCAAGAGUCAGAGCCCAUUUGGCUUACACUACAAAAGCAAAGUUUCUACAGUGGAAUGUAUUUUUGGCCGGGAUUUUCAAGCUACAAAACUACACCGACUUAUUACGAGAAAGCCUUCUGUAARGUGAACUGUAGCGCUAUUCCACCAAAAGAUCUUCCAUUGUACCGGAACCAAUCGAGGUCUUCAUGGCCGCCCUACAUACACUGCCUUCCAAAUUAUAGUAUACCAUACCGCCAGCGAAUAGACUCUAUUGUCAGCUGGUUGAAAUCAGACAAACCGCCUAAGUUCGUUGCAGUUUAUGUUGACCAGCCAGACUGGGUUGGACAUUCUGACGGACCUAAGUCACAGAAAUUCAAAGACGAGAUCGAGAAAGUAGAUCGAGACGCAGUUGGAUAUUUAGUCAACAAGCUCAGAGAGGUUGACCUUUUAGAUAAAGUCAACUUGAUAUUCGUAGCUGACCACAGCUUUGUGCAAGUCAAUCUGAGCAGGUUGAUUUACUUGGAUGAUUAUCUCGAUCCAUCAACGUUUAUGUUGACAGAGUCUGGAACACUAAUUCAUUUGUGGCCACACGAGGGAAAGAUGGAAGAAAUCUAUGUAAAUCUGACCAAAUUAGUCACCGAAUACCCACAAGCCAAACUAUACAAGAAAGACAACAUACCUGAAGAAUACCACCUUAAAAAUAAUCGCCGUACCCCACCCAUUUUCUUGGACCCAGGAUAUGGUUGGAUGGUCGAACCAACUCGCACCAACAGAUCAAGUGACUGGGUAUACGGCGCGCACGGGUAUCCCGCGAGUGAAAAGUUGGCUGCAAUAUUCUACGCGCGUGGACCUGCCUUCAAGAAAGGAUACAAAAUAGAUCAUGGUCUCAGGUCCAUCGAUGUCUACCCAAUGAUGUGCAAAAUCCUUGGGAUAGAACCACGUCCGAACAAUGGAUCUCUAGACAACAUGAAGAUGAUGCUGGUAGGAGAGGAAGGUCCUAAGGCUACAGGAUUGAAGAUCAUGUCUUGGUCAUACCUGACCUUGAUAAGUCUAGUUAUAGUGAUGAUCCCUAUAUUUUAGUUAAAUACAUCGGAUAACUUAUUUCAGUAUUCUUGUUUCUCUUUUGGAUGGAUAGCAACUUUUUAAAGUAAUCUGUAGCAGGCUAGUGACAUAGUACCGGUGUGGACGCAAUUUAUAUUUAGCUCGCUUCACGGUUGGAAUUUCUGACCGGAAGCUUGCGAAACUCAAUCGAUGUAAUAAAGCGACCUUCAACUCGA